UGACUUGAAUCUUGCUCUACGUUCUAACCCUAGCACUCAAACCCUAACCUAAGAACGAAUGAACUUGUCGAGAGACACAGAGAAAGAGCGCGAUGCAGAUAAAAGACUCUUCCUUUCUCCCGUAAGCCUAAUUUUCAUCCUCUAUUCUGCUUAAAACUAUGAUUUUGCUAAGCAGAAAGCUCUUUCACUUCCACCGCUCCGCCGCUCACGCUCCCACCCACUUGCCCUCCUUCCAUCUCCCGAUCCUCUUCUCCUUCUCUUCUACUGCAGAAAACUCAUCCGUUAAAUCCACAUUCAUGGUCGAUUAUCUCAUCGGCACGAUUGGUCUGUCAUCGGAGGCAGCGAUCAAAUCAUCUAAAUCCCUCUCCCACGUCAAAUCCCCUUCCAAGCCAGAUGCCGUUCUUCAUUUCUUGAAAGAGAGCGGUUUUAAUGACGCCUGCAUCAGAUACAUGGUUUCCAAAAAUUCCAGAAUUCUCACCGCAAAGGUCGAGACCACCCUGAAGCCAAAGAUGAUCGCUUUGAAGAAGUUUGGUUUCUCUGAAUCAGAAAUACUCCAACUUGUUUCUAAAAAUCCAGUUUUUCUAAUCCACGGAGGUAUUCAGUCCAAGAUUAAGUUCUGGAGGGGCUUCUUGGGUUCCAAGGAGAACCUCCUUCAUGCUCUGCUUCGAGGCAAACGCCUUAUAUGCUCCAAUCUGGAUACCAAUAUCAUUCCAAAAAUCUCAUUUUUGAGGGAUUGUGGCUUUCUCGAUAAUCAGAUUGCUUCUAUGAUAAACAACAAUCCCAAUUUCAUCGUCAUGAGCCUUGAUUCAAUCAAAAGGCUCAAAAAUCGAGCGGAAGAAUUGGGAUUUUCUUAUGGAUCUGGAGCAUUCUGCAGCGUGAUGGUUUCUCUCUGCCAGAUUAGUAGAGCAACCAUGGAAUCCAAGUUGAAUCUACUGGGGAGCUUCGGGUGGUCUGAAGCUGAAGUCUCUUCGGUCAUCAGAAAGGCUCCUCUUCUGUUAGAAACUUCUGAGAAGAAGAUGAAGAAGAUGAUGGACUUUCUUGUAAAGCGAGCAGGUUGUGAGCCUUCCUUCGUGAUGAAACAUCCAAGGCUUCUGAUGUUUAGCUUGGAGAGGAGGAUGGUUCCACGGCAAUAUGUUCUGCAACUCCUCAAGUCAAAAGAUCUGAUUAAAAGAAAACUCAGCUUUUAUUCAUUCAUGACCAUUUCUGAGAAGAAGUUCUUGGAGAAGUAUAUUUUGUCUUAUGGCGAGAAGAUGCCAGACCUCUAUCAAGUUUAUCUUGCUCUUUAUUCUGGUAAUUCAACUGUUUAGCUGCUCUUGUUUUGUUUUGUUUUUUUUUAAAAUUAAAUGGCAAUGAGAAAGUAUUUGUUUCGAUUGAAGGGAAGUGCAGGAGAUGAAGUAUUUCAACUUUUUUGUUUUCUGAGAAACCAAACAUAAUCUAUGUACAUAUAUAUAUGAAGCAAACAUGAAAUUGAGAGAGCAUAGAAUGCCCCUACUUUUCUAGUUCAUUAGAGACAAUUUAGCGGAGAAUUUC